AUGGAUUGCCCAUCAGUCAGCGAGAUGACCAUCUCUGCUCUACACAAGCUCAACGACUGUCUGCAACACGCACUCUUGCGGGAAUGGGCAGAGCAGCUGAAGACCUACUUCGAGAAGAACUGGAGGCAGAAACUCCGCAUCUGCGCUACUUCAAACGGGAUCUAUGAUGACAGUGGGCUGCAUACAGAUGAAUUUGUCCGACCUCAUGCUGUACGACGUUUGAAGAAACUGAUCGAGGGGCUGGACGAGUGCAUUGAAAUUGGUAUAGACACUCCCCCCUCUCCUCCGUCCAAGCGCCGUCUUCUCACUAACAACAUGACAGUAACGAAGGAUCAGGACUGUCUGUUUCCGGGCUGCGCUAAACAUGACGAGUCAAUGGAAUCCGGAUGUGAUGAGCCAGGCCCUAUAAUUGAACGGCCAAUGAGACCUGAAGGGGGGCCUAAACUCACAAAGGCAGUGAAAAAGGUCCAACUUAGGCUUGAAAAGAUCGGCUUACUCGCUGAGAGAAUGGCGGACACUUACAAUGACGCGCGGGAUUAUGAAGCCAAGGCCAAGUUCACGUAUGUGGACUAUCAGAAGCUAGAUGAUCCCGACUAUAAGCAUCAUCGUGAUGUGGAUGUUGAGGGCCUGCGCAGAUUGAAGCAACAUCUUGUUCGGGAGUACCAUCAAGGGUAUUCCAUCGACUUCCCGAAAUAUAAAGCGGGACCUAGCGAAGACUUACCCAGCGGUAAAUCUGCAGUGGCUUACCUUGAACAGAAUCAUCGACAGCAGGUCCACCGUUUAAUCUUCGCCGUACUCCGCCGACACCACCGGCUGAGCAUGUCGCGGAAUGCAGCGGAGAAGCGGCGGGCCACCGCACAGGCUGCAGCAGAUGGCACAGGAGACGUUUUGUCCGAGAACCCGCCGACGAACGUAUUCCAACCCCAGCUGCCAUCCACUGAUGCAAUGAGGCAGUUAGAACUUGGCUCGUGGUCCAAGGCCCCUCGUCCAGAGACCCUUGAGGGCCAGGAGCGAACAUUUCAAUGUCCAUACUGCGGCGACAUGCUCCUGGAGGCAGACUCGGAGCGCACAGCAUGUGAACAUGUAAACCGCGACCUUCUACCAUUCACCUGUCUCUGGCCAUGCUGUAAGCAAGAAGACCCGAAGGAAUUUGCGAACGUGGUCGAAUUAACAGCCCAUCUCGAAGAGAAUUUCGGGACAGUCGAGCACUGGGUGUGUGAUCCUUGCCUUGCUCAGGGAAAGCCUUGCAACAGUUGCGAGUUCAUGGACAAGAAGGACCUUGAUAAGCAUCUUGCCUCGGCUCAUCCGAAACACAGCAAUGGUUCGACUCCCACUAUCCGUCUGGAGGUCCCUAGUGAAUGUCCGCUAUGCCCUCGCAAGCUCAUCUACAAGACUCGUGGUCCGGAUUCGCUUUAUCCCCAUGUUGCUAAUCAUAUGGAACGAUGCUCUGGGAAGACUAGGGAACGAGAGUAUAUGCAUCUAGAUCCACCACCCCAGUCAGGAAGUGCAUUUACCCCAGACCAGACCCACCGCUGA